AUGGCCAGCAAGACCCUGAAUUUGCAUGGAUACUUCAUUGGGAUAUUAGGAUUGGUUAUGGCCUGCGGGACCAUCAGAAUGCCACAGUGGAAGAUGACAUCCUUCAUUGGAAAUAAUAUCCUCACCCCUGAAAUGGUGUGGAAAGGGAUCUGGAUGAACUGUAUCUAUCAAGCAACAGGGUACAUACAGUGCAAGACACAUGAAUCACAGUUGGUGCUUCCACCAGACAUUCAACUGGCCAGAGCCCUCAUGUGCAUGCCCAUUGUUUCUGGGUUUGCAGCCAUUAUCAUUCUAAGUGUGGGAAUGAAAUGUGUCAAGUGUGCAAGGGAAGAUGUGGUUGGUGGCACCUUCUUCAUCUUUGCCGGACUGUGUGUUCUUAUCCCAGUGUCCUGGACUGCAAAGUCCAUCAUUCUUGACUUUUACAACCCCCAGAUUCCCAUCUUCUUAAAGAGGGAGCUGGGAAAUGCUCUUUUCCUGGGUUGGGCAGCUGCAUGCAUUCUAAUCAUUGGAGGAGUUCUUCUUUGUUGCUCUUGCGAAUGCAGGAUAUGCAACUUCAUCCUGCCAGUGGAUGAAGUUUCAUCAAUAAUCCGGAGCCUGCUGGGGUCCUGGCCUGCCCGCCAGCCUUAA